GGUAUUCAUAUUUUUUACACUUUAUGAAAUUUAUGAUGUUGCAAUAUUUGUAACCUGUACAUGUAAUGGAUGCAAAUAAUCUGUAUAGAAUACUUUUACUGCUUUUAUUUACAUACUAUUAAUUACAAGUUUUUUUAAUUUAUGUGUACUUGUUAUAAUUUUGUAUUUUGAAUUAUAAUGGUAGAAGAAGUAGUAAAUUCUACUAAUAAGCCAAAGAAUAAAACUGCACGACCUCGCCCAGUUUAUUUGUGGAAUGUGUUAGAUGUACAAAAAUGGUUAAGGAGACAUUGUAGCGAUUAUUAUCAAUUAUACCAUGAGAAAUUUUUAUAUCAUGAUAUCACAGGACGAGUUUUGCUAAGAAUAAAUGAAAAUAUUUUAUUGAGGCUUGGAAUUGACAAUGAACAACACAGAAUGGAUAUUUGGCGAGAAAUUAUGAAACUGCAUCUUAAGACAGAUAUGUUAGAAAUUAAAGAUAUAGAACGCCGCAAUAACAUGAACUUUGAUUAGUGUAAUAAGCUUAUCAAACUAAUUAUACCUAAUAAUUAAAAUGGACUAGAACUUUAUUUUUUAUAUUUACUAACUAGAUAAUUUUUAUCAUUUUUAUAAAUGG